AUGCCACCAAGUCAAUCACAGCCAGAGUAUCGUGUAUUGACGCUGUGGCUGCUACGGAGGACUGAGGAAAAGGACUGUAUCGUUAGUGGCGAAGAUUUGCCUGCUCAGCCCGACUGUGCAGUUAUAACUGGACGGAUUGAUCCAGCCAUUUUUUACUCAAGAAUUAGAACCAGGCAGCUUUGUAGAGAAAAUACAGGAAGUUUGCCCAUUGAGCAAGAUAAUGGGUUGAGUGAUGAAUUUUCACAUGAGGAUGAAGAGGACACGGAGGAUGUUGAGUUUAGAUUACCUGACACAGGUGACAUUGAUUUAGAUUUGCCAAAUGAACGUACUGAAGUUGUCGUGAUGGAAGACAGGAUUGGAAACGAGAGUAUCACUGAAGAGAACAGUGUGGUCAUUGAAGUUCCAACUGGUAAUUUAGAGGUUAUUCAGGAUCAGUCUACCCUUCCAUCAACUUCCUCAAGAACUAGGAGAACUACUCAAGCUUCCCAGCCCUCAAGACGAGUUCUCUGGACUAUGAAAACAGACAGCUCCCCUUCACCAGUGCCAGCUUUCAUCCCUAAUGAUGAUGAAGCCUCAAACACCUAUGACCCAGAUGUAUAUUUAGGACACCCGAUAUGGUACUUCAGGAAGUUUUUCACUCCAGGUAUCUUAGAUGAAAUAGGUCAUCAAAGUAAUUUGUAUGCAACACAAAGAGAUGUGAACAAGCCACUUAAUCUUAGUAGGGGGGAAUUUGAACAAUGGCGGGGAUUACUUAUUCAUUUCACUAUAAUUAGAACUCCUCAAACACGACUCCAUUGUUCUGGGGAAUUGUUUGGCAGGUACAGAGAUUACACUGCUAUGGUCAUGAGUAGAUCUAGAUGGGAGACUAUAAAAUCAAACCUACAUCUUCGGGAUAAUAAUGAUGAGGUAAACAAUGAUAAGCUUUUCAAGGUAAGACCAUUGAUAGAUCAUUUGAGAAAUAAGUUCCAGGAACUUCCAAUGAAACAGAAUAUCUGUAUCGACGAGCAGAUGGUGCCUUUCAAAGGAAAGCAUAGCAUGAAACAGUACCUACCUAUGAAGCUCAAAAAGUGGGGAUUCAAGCUCUUUGUACUUGCAGACAGUGGGCGUCUUAUUCAUGAUUUCAUUCCUUAUACAAGGUCCAUUCAGCCUGUGAAUAAAGAAGGUAUUCCAGACCUUGGUGCAUCUUCCAACAUAGUCUUGCACUUGGCUGAGACAAUACAGAGUAACAGGAAUCACCAUCUCUAUUUUGACAAUUGGUUUACAUCUGUUCCACUUAUAAAACACCUGGCUGAAAGAGGUAUCUGGUGCUGUGGAACGGUAAGGCCAUGUCGGCUUCCAGGGCUAAAGUUAGUAUUAGAUACUGUCCUAAAGAAGAAAGGUAGAGGCACAUUUGAGGAAUGA